AUGCGCAUUGGGCGGGAGGCCACACCGGGCCGCACACACGCAGCCCUGCAGGCAUUUCCGGGGCGGCUGGAAGCCAGCGCCCGGGAAGCCCGCUCCGCUCCCCGGGCAGGGGCCCCUUGUGCCCUCCCGGACGCCCUCCUCCUCCCCUUCCUCCCCCCGCCACGGUCGCUCCCGAUCCCCGCGCGGGGGCCCCGCACCUGCCCACCCAUGCCCCUGGACUCGCCGGCCGGAGUGGCCGCCUGCGGGAGGCUGGGGAACCGGUCCUGGGUGCGGGAGUUCGUCCUGCUGGGCAUCCCGGGCGCGCGGGGCCGGGAGCGCGCGCUGCUGCUGCUGCUGGCCGCCGUCUACGCGGGCGCGCUGCUGGGCAACGCGCUGCUGCUGGCCGCCGUGGGCACCGCGCCGCGGCUCCGCACCCCCAUGUACUUCUUCCUGGGGAACCUCUCCGUCUUCGACCUGGGCUUCUGCUCCACCACCGUGCCCAAGCUGCUGGCCUACCUGUCCGGCCGGAGCCCCGCCAUCUCCGCGCGGGGCUGCGCCGCCCAGCUCUUCUUCUACCACUUCCUGGGCUGCACCGAGUGCCUGCUGUACACGGUGAUGGCGUACGACCGCUUCGCCGCCGUCUGCCGCCCGCUGCGCUACGCGGCGCUCCUGCGCCCCCGGGCGUGCGCCGCGCUGGCCGCCGGCACCUGGCUGGGCGGCUGCGCGCACGCCGCGCUGCUCACCGCGCUCACCUUCCGCCUGCCCUACUGCGGCCCCGCCCACGUGGCCUACUACUUCUGCGACAUCCCCGCCCUGCUGCCCCUGGCCCGCGGGGACGCGGCGCUGGCGCGCCGGGUCAGCUUCACCAACGUGGGCCUGCUGUCCCUCGGGUGCUUCGCCCUCAUCCUCGCCUCCUACACGCGCAUCGGGGUCGCCGUCGCCCGCAUGCGCUCCACCCAGGGCCGGCAGCGGGCCCUGUCCACCUGCGGCGCGCACGUGGCCGCCAUCGCCUGCGCCUACGGCCCCGUCAUCAUCAUCUACCUGCAGCGCCGCCCCAGCCCCCUGCUCGGGGCCGUCGUGCAGAUCCUGAACAACCUGGUGGCGCCCGCGCUGAACCCCCUCAUCUACAGCCUGAGGAACAAGGACGUGAAGGACGCCCUGCGCGCCCUGCUUCCCGGGCGCAGCCCGCUCCGCGAGAGAUGA